UGGUUUCAACCGAGCAUGCGCACAAUGUCGCGCCCGCAACAAAAACAUAAGCGUAUGUUUUUGUUGUUCUAUUAAGUCGAAAGUUUUAAACAACUGGUUUUGAAAAACAUCUCACGAAGACUAACGGGAUGAAGUUUCCUGUGGAUUUACUGGCACAUGUUAGCCAGGAGGAGCUGGAACGUUCGGCUCAGAAUUACAUGAACACUUUACUCUACAGCAACCCUGAUUCUCCAGAGUCCAUCACCCUGUCUGACUCCACUGAGGCAAUCAUAAACAUUUCGACCGUGGGCUUUAUUCCUCUCUAUGGAUCCAGUGAUAAACAGAAGAUACUGGCCCUUUUCACUGGUCCCACUGAUCCAUUCACUCCUGUGGCUCUAUACCUGUUGAACCAGUGGUGGACCAUCAGUGACAUUCUCAAGACAGAAGAUAAUGAUCGUGAUGGAGCUGUGGAGGUUCAAACAGUUGGUGAGAGAAUUGUUUUGUACAGUCUUAAUCGUGUGAUCUACAGAGCCAAGGAGAUGAGCUCUGAAGAGCUGCCCUUCCUUUGUCAUGGAGAGACAGACUACGCCAAAAUCCUGUGGCAUAAUGGAGAGGCUGUGGGAUUCUACUCUGUCAAACCAUCAGGAAGCUUAUGCAGCUCUUUUUCAACCAGAAGCUAUCAGCUUCCUGUGAUGGACUCAAUAUUUGUUAGAAAAUGUCACCGUGGUAAUGGCUAUGGCCUCCAAAUGCUUAAGGACUAUGUGCUCAGUUUCACUGACAGCUCUCUGGGGUUGAGGUACCCUCUGGCAACAGCCAUGUACAAAGUGUGUCAGAAGUACCUGUCUCAGUAUCCAGGAGAUGCGGAUUUGCUGUGGGAGGUUCAGAGCAUUGGUGGCCCCAACCAAAGAACCAACAUUGCCAAGAAGAUCCAGGUCAUGGACCUAAGCGCAGUGUCCAAGAGACUGAUGUACACUGAGGAGCCGGUUGUGAUCAUGGGAGAGAGAGAAAAGGACACAAUAACCACAGUGAUUAAAGAAGCGGAUUCUGUGACGUGCUCAAAGUGCACAGUGGAAAUUUUGGAGGGGGUGACAGCAGUAAGAGCCGCUGAAGAGGCUGAUGAAGUACCUGUUGCUGCUUGGGACAGGAACAAUGUGUCAAAACAAUGGAAGAUAGGAGAAAACAUCACAGAAGACAAGAUAGAAAAAGUCAUUAGAAUCGAGGAUAUUGAGGCAGAAUCCCCUGGAGAGGAGCGGGUUUCUGAGCAACAGACAACAGACGAGCAUAAUAUUUCCGAGCAGGAGCACAAUGAGGAUAUGCUGCGUGUGGCCACUGAAGGUAAAACAGAGGUUGAGGAUAGAGAAGAUUCAGCCUCAAUGUUAGACAAGGCAACAACUGUACAGGCCUCAGAGGACCUACAAUCUGAAUCUACAGUAGCACCUGCUGCUGAGGAGUGUCAAGACCUCUGUGGUCUAAAUGCAUUGUAUGACUCUCAAAUAGCAAUUGAAAAUGUGGUAUCAGAAAUAGAAGAGGCACAGAAGAAAGACUCUACAGUUGUCUCUAGAGAGGUUUUAGACAUAUGCAAGGAGGCAGAGAUGGUAGAAAUGGAGUGGGGAACUAAAAAUGAGGCAUGUGAGGAAGAACUGGCUGAAAUAGUUAUACAGCAAGUCAAAGGUCAGUCAACACAUGCAACAUCAGCAAAGAAGAAAGCUGAAAAAAGAGGACAAGCUGUUGUAAAAACUGUCCACUAUGAACCUCCCCAGUUGAGAUCCCACACAAAGACAGGGGAAGAUGAAGGGAGGGUUUUGAGAAGAAGAACUGUUGUUGGCAGCCUUGCAUCUAAAUGUAAAUCUACUCAACAAAGCCAAAAGACAGGGGAGAAGUUAGAGACAGAAUUUUCUUCAGCUAAGGAAGUAGAUGAACUGACUGGAACUGAAGGCGAAUAUGGUACAGAUUUUAUGGCAGUGCCAGAAGGGGAUGAAAUAGUAACACAAAUCAACAAGACUGAUCAAGAACAAAAGAAUGAUGAAGAGGCAGAAAGAUCACUGAUACAGGAUGAAGCAAAAGAGUCUGAAGAAGAAAAGGAGCCCCUGUUGUUCAAAGAAGAGCUCUGAGAGCCAAAUCCAAAGCCACUCCUCCAUGCAAAUCCACAAGACAUAGUAAAAGGCAUCAGAAACAACAGGACGAACAUACAGAUGAUCUGGAAACACAGGACAACCAAGAAGAGAAAAUG